GUUCAAGGAGCGGUUUGGAACGGGUCCAGUGUAGUCGACUGGGAGGCAGGCAGAACACACACCGGAAACACCUCUACACUCCGCUUCCUGUCAAGAGAUCCGCUCUUCUACAUCAUACCAUAAUGCCAAAAUCAAAGGAAGUUCUGUCUUCCACAUCUGGAAGUGACUCUGACAGUGAAGUAGAGACCAAGGCAAAGAGAAAGAAGUCAAGUGCACCAGAGAAACCAGCCAAGAAACCAAAGAGUGGAGAGAGUUCCAAGCCAGGUGGCUCAUCCAAGGGCAGUGGCAAUGGUGACGACAACAUGUUCCAGAUUGGGAAGAUGAGAUAUGUCAGCGUCAGGGACUUCAAAGGUAAAGUCCUCAUUGACAUCAGAGAGUACUGGAUGAACCAAGAUGGAGAGAUGAAACCGGGGAAAAAAGGUAUCUCCCUGAAUCCUGAACAAUGGAACCAACUGAAGGACCAGAUUUCAGAAAUCGAUGAUGCCAUUAAGAGAAUAUAAGCAUUCCUUUAAUGUUAUUUGUUGAACUCAUUCAACAUGUUGGCUUACCAUUUUUGUAAAGAGCCUGGGAUUGUUUUCUAAUGGACUUUAGUUUGUAGUUGUAUCGAUCUGGUGUCGUCUGCAUUCUCUGGGUUUCUGUGUAACUUGUUUUUGAGCUGUUGUAGUAAUGGUAUGGGGAUAGGUGGUUGAUAAUUAUGUUUGGUGGGUGGGGUGCAUCAAUACAGUGAUGUUUGUAUUGAAUAAUAAAAAUGAGGCACUAGCUUAAUA